AUGGCGCAAUACGAACUGCGGACUGCAAGAGGGCCAUCGAACCAUCAAGGCGAUUCCCCAACCCCAGCGCGCAGAGGCACCGGGGCCCUGAUGCGGAGAGAGAGGGGUACACCUGUUUGGAUUCGAGGCCGUGGCGCCAGAGGCUCGAACCGGUCGCAACACCAAAUCGCUGGACCGUUUGAUAACAGAGGCGGUCCCCAUGCUACGACCCGAAAGAAGGAUGAUAAUUUUGCCAAAAUCACCCGCUACCUCACUGCUAAAGAAAUACGCAAUGAUCUUAACGAAAAGCGCCAGUUGAUGAUUGAGCAGUACAGGCAGAAGCCUGAUCCCUCAAUCAAAUUUCGAGAAACGGCACAAGAUGAACUUCCACUGGAGAUGACCCUUGGCAAAAGCUUGGAAGCCUUGGAUCCUAUUCGUGCAGAUUUCGGCUAUUAUAUUUAUUUGUAUGAUGAUUCUCCAGACCACCAGAAAUACAUUCGAGUCGAUGGUGAUGACCACGGAAAGAUUAUCGAGAUUGUGAAGCAGCUCCGAGCAAAGUGUGCCAAUCUCCUCGCUGAAACAGGUGUGAAGACGAAAUUAUAUCUUGUCCAGGCCCCUCCCGUGGACAUCUUGAAAGCGGAAAUAAGCUUAAUGAAAUGCCGCCAACCUGGCAGCCCGAAUAUACAAGCGGCACCUUUUCUUUGUGGAGUAGAAUUGUUGGACGACGACGCUGGGGUUGAAAGGAAAAAUCUGCUUCGUGAGAAAAAUGAGCAACGUAUGCAUAGCGCCGUUGAUCAGUCUCUUCACGGCGUUCGGUUUCUUGCGGGCCAUGUCCGGAUGCGUGUAAAUUUCGGCAAAUUUGUUCUUGAGAAUUACCGGAUUCCCCCCAACUCGAAAGAGCGGUAUUCUUUUGAGGAAUUUCGAAGCAUGCUUUUGUAUGCCGGCACGAAAGGUCGCCUAAUUCCCGGACUCUGCUUCAACCGUGCUGAAGGUGACCUGAUAACUCGAUGCUCACAGGCGUCAGAUCUUCUCGCACCAUUUGACCCGCAAAUAGAAUCAUUGGAAAACAAUAUACCUCUCUAUGCGGUAAAUAUCGAAUUCGAAGGAGCUAAUGGUGCAUUGCUUCGCCUGGAGGUUGAAUUUAAAUCAUCCCGUUAUCGACCAGACCUUUUUGAGGUAUCACAUCGUCGUUGGUUAAAGCCUCAAAGUGACAAUGGACUCGGAGAAAAGCGACCGCCACUUCAAAUUGGGAUUAUCGACUUCGAAAGCUUUGACCAUUCAAUCCAAUUCACGAGAGGCCUUACUGAUGGACUUCGUGGCGCCGCAACGCAGCGCGUGUCAUUUUCUAACAUUGCUCCCGUUUCUCAAAUCACAGAGAAGUCGGCCCUUAGAUAUUGUCUUAAAGGUACUAAAUACAUCUUUGAGCUUGCACGCUACGAUACAUAUCAUCGCGCCGCAUGUUCAGGCCGCCAAUACACUGACGACUGCAGCCAAAUGAGUAAAACGGCUGAAACAACGUGGGGUGCCUCAAUUUACUGUCAGGAAUGGGACAAUAUGCUGGGCCAGAACGGUAGCUUCAGAGUUGGGGAAACCGCCGACUGGAGUGCCAGCCUUAAUAUUUUUUUUCCUUGUUUGUCUGACGAGGACUCAGCGGAUGAAAAUGCUGGCUUUCAUCAAUUUAUCGGCUUGGUCAACAAGGUUGCGAAGCUUUUGGCACCUGAGAAGAAUAGUAUCGGUCGUUGA